GCGGCCGUUUCAGAAGAAAGGUGUGGAUUUCAUCAUCGCACGCGGUGGUCGUGGGAUGAUUGCAGAUGAUAUGGGUCUGGGCAAAACGGUUCAGGCACUGGCAGUGGCCCACCACUACCGUAACGAGUGGCCUGUGCUCAUUGUGUGUCCCCUGUCACUAGUGGAAAAUUGGACCAAGGAGCUCAUGCGUUUUUGCAGCAUUCCCAUUGGGCGGAUCGCUAUUUUUCAGAACAGCAAGGUACGUGUGACGGAUGUUCACAGUGCCGUUAUUGUGCCGUAUUCAUCGCUGAAAAGUCUGGAUACUCAGUCAACCACAUUCCAGGUGGUUAUACUUGAUGAGUCCCAUUAUAUUAAAACGGUAGACUCCAAGCGAACGGUGGCGGCUCUUAAGUUAUGUCGUGUUGCUCGUCGUGUGUUAUUGUUAUCCGGCACACCCACGUUAUCGCGGCCCAUUGAGCUCUACCCCCAACUACAGACUAUCAUGCAUCCAUCCUGGACCCCGUCCAAGUCUCUGUUUGCUGCGAGGUACUGUAACGCAUUUGUGGGUCGCUUUGGUGUGGACUACUUGGGCCACUCGCACAUGAGUGAACUACAUGUUCUGCUGCAGCAGUUUGUCAUUCGUCGCACGAAGCGGGAGCUUGGGAAUGAGCUGCCAUCGAAGAUCCGUCAACUGCUGUAUGUGUACAUUACACCGAAAGAAAAGAAGGCACUUGAAAAAAGUGUGUCGGCGCUUCGAAAUUCAUUUAGGGACGGGGCAACGCUCCCCACGUUAGGAGACGUGGCGAGCACGACGAACAUGGCUCAAGGUACCGGUGGGAAUUUAACGACAUGUACAGCCGGCGGCGUGACCGCAACAAGAAAUAUGACCGCCUUUGACCUGAAGAUUGCCACGGCUCGGGCCAAAAUAGCCGCUGUGCAGGACUACGUGAAGAGCACGACGGAGCAAAUGGUGGAAUCUGGGCAGAAGGUGAUCAUCUUUGCCCACCACCAAUGCAUGAUGGAGGCUAUUCGCGAGGCUGUGGAAAGCGUUCAACCUAAGCAGCCCCUAGACUACAUUUACAUUACAGGAGAGACACCAGCAGCCCAGCGAGAGGCGCUGACGACGCAUUUUCGAACGUCCACUAAUUGCCAUGUCGCGGUGUUGUCCAUGCACUCCUGUGGUGUGGGUCACAAUCUCACCUGUGCCACGAUGGUGGUCUUUGCGGAGCUGGAUUGGAAUCCAAGUACCCACCUGCAGUGUGAGGACCGUGUUCACCGCAUGGGACAAUCAUCUGCAUGCGUCAUCAAAUAUCUCCUCGCGGAGGGAACAUCUGAUAGUGUCAUUUGGCCGAUGCUGCAAACGAAAUUAAACGUGACGCAUGCUGUCCUUGAAGACAGCCAAGCUGGCGGUGAAGGAUGGAGCGCGGGGGCUGACACACGCCGAAUCCUCCGCUCCGACGUCCCUCUCACGCCAUCCUCGCCGGAGAAGAAGCAACUGACACUGGAGGGUUUUCUCUCUCACUCCGGUUCGCGUCCAUCACGUCCACUGACGCAAAGCAGCGACUCGAAUGCCGAAGUCUUAAAAACAUCGGACGAAAGUCCUCGAGCGGAUACAUCGCCGGACACACCGUUUCAAAGUCCAUCAGCAGUGGCACCUGCAGAGAAUGUUCUUUUUGACAUUGCAAAACUGCGUCAGCAGCGCGAAGCCCGUAAAGUUUUUCAUUCAAUGCCAGUUUUGGGUACAGCUGGCGCUGGAUCGUCUCCUGUUGCUGCGGUGACGGUGACACCACCACCACCACAAAUCCAAAGGCAGGUAACGUUGCAUGAAGUGUUAACGAAUCAUCCGGCAAAUUCCCCUACGCCGAAAAAUUCUCCACAACAACGAACGAACUUUCAUGUUGCAGUUGCAGCGAAGUCAUUUAACGAGCGUAGCGGGGCCGCCCAUACGUCUAGUUGUUCGAGUGAAACCACCGUUUGUGCCCCCAUUGUUUCUCAUCCUGUGAAGACUUUGUUUUUAACUCGGCCUGCAUCCGCGAAUUCCUCAUCGGCAGCGUCCUCUGUGAAGCCUCAUGCUGGUGCGAGCGCGGCUGAUCUUUCUGUUUUUUCUACAGCCUCUAAGGAGGGAUCUAUUUGCCUAGCGCCGUCGCCGCGUUCUGAGGAAAUACGCCGUUAUAAUGCCCGUAGAACGCCUUUUAUACUUGGCAGUACACUGGAAAAGCGCUUAAGGCCUGAUGACAUGGAAGACCAAGUCUCGUGA